AUGUCAAAUAAUAGAAAAAAAUUGUUGCUGAUGGGCCGUUCAGGGUCUGGGAAAUCAUCCAUGAGGUCCAUCAUCUUUAGCAACUAUUCUGCCUUCGAUACUCGUAGACUUGGGGCUACAAUCGAUGUAGAACAUUCUCAUCUAAGGUUUCUUGGUAAUAUGACGUUGAAUUUAUGGGAUUGUGGUGGUCAGGAUGUCUUUAUGGAAAAUUAUUUCACCAAACAAAAAGAUCAUAUUUUCCAAAUGGUUCAAGUAUUGAUCCAUGUCUUUGAUGUAGAAUCUCAAGAAGUUAUUAAAGAUAUAGAUAUUUUUACAAGAGCGUUGAAAUUGUUGAAGAAAUAUUCUCCAGACGCCAAAAUUUUCGUUUUAUUACAUAAGAUGGAUUUAGUUCAAUUGGAUAAGCGUAGUCAAUUAUUCCAAAUCAUGAUGGAAAAAUUACAACUAACCUCUAAAGAAUUCGGAUUCCCCAACCUAGUGGGGUUCCCCACGUCGAUAUGGGAUGAAUCUUUGUAUAAAGCUUGGUCUCAAAUCGUUUGUUCUUUAAUCCCCAACAUAUCGACACAUCAAACUAAUCUGAAAAAUUUUAAAAAAAUUAUAAAUGCUUACGAAAUAAUUCUAUUUGAAAGAACCACAUUCUUGGUGAUAUCUUCUACCAAUGAAAAAGAUUUAUCUACAAGUUCUAAUUCAAAUUCAAAACUGGAUCCAAAAAGGUUUGAAAAAAUAUCAAAUAUAAUGAAGAAUUAUAAACAAAGCUGUAACAAGUUGAAAUCAGGGUUUAAAACGUUAAUUUUAAAUAAUAACAUUUACAUUUCGGAAUUAUCUUCCAAUAUGGUUUGUUUCAUUGUGUUGAAUGACAAAGGUGCCACUCAAUCACCUCAGAUGAUUUUGGAAAAUAUAAAUAAAGCUAAAACUUUCUUUAAAUAA